UAAACACAUCGUCUCGCCUGCCGGGGUAGAAAGCAAAGCUAUAACACGAUGUCUACUUCACGAGCGUUCUUUCUUAUCGUCUCUACCUUCCUUCAGGUAGCUAAAUAUUGUUCAGGUGAAGCCAAUCUGACACAGAAAACAGGUCCUUCCCAUCAGGUCAUAGAAUGUGAAUGCAGUGGAUGUGAGAAAUCCCAGUGCAAAACAGGAUUUGGUUGUUUCUCUUCAGUUAGACCAGAUGAGCAGAACCAGAGUUAUGUAGUGUCACGUGGGUGUCUUGAACAUCAGAGGCAUUUCAUUGUUAAAUGUGACAAACCAUAUCAUCUCAUAGUCUGCUGUAAAGAAAAUAUGUGUAACCGGAAUGUGACUCCGUCAGUUCCACCAGGGUGGCCAGGCCAAAAAAAUGCGACCCUUGCAUCCCCUCCUGACAAUCGAGGAGUAGAAUGCAUGUGUAGUGAUUGCGGAGAUACCAAUGAGAGAUGCUAUGCAUGACUGGGCUGUUUCUCAGUACUCAAGCAGGUUGAGCAUGAUCGUUAUGUUGUGUCAAGGGGCUGUUUUCAGAACACAAUACAAGAGGAUAAAUUGUGAGAAUCCAGUGACUCCAGCUGUCUGUUGUGAGGAAAAUUUGUGUAACUGGAAUGUUACCCCUUAAUUUCCAUCAACAGAAUCAACUGCAUCUACUCUCACCAGAUUUGAGAAAGUUGAACGCACCAACUUCAUCUUGUUGAGUAUUUUUGCUCCUAUAGCUGCUCUUGUUGUUG